CCUCAGGGCCAGGCGCGUCAGUCUGUGCGCAAUUGGUGAUCACAUCACACCCAAGCGGACUUGGAGCAAGCAAAAGAGAGAGGAAGCAGAGAUUUAAGAGAAUCUCGUUCCCACUGCCUACCACUUUUGUGGACAUUUCGCGAGCGCGUCAAUCCGGCGGUGGAAGAUGUCUUUCCCCCAGCUUGGCUACCCGCAGUACUUAAGUGCCUCCCAGGCGGUUUACGGGAGCGAGAGGACGGGAGUGCUAACACCUUCCUCCCGGGGAGGGAGCACCGAAAUCGGAGGGAGUCCUUCAGCUACCGCUGCGGCUGUCACCUCGGUGUUGGGCAUGUACGCCAACCCGUACGCUCAUAACUACAGCGCUUUCUUACCUUACACCAGCGCGGAUCUGGCGCUUUUCUCCCAAAUGGGAUCCCAAUAUGAUCUGAAGGACAGUCCUGGCGUUCACCCGGCCAGUUUUGCAGCUCACACCUCUCCUGCCUUCUACCCAUACGGUCAGUUCCAGUACGGGGACCCGGCAAGGCCUAAGAAUGCCACAAGGGAGAGCACCAGCACCCUAAAAGCCUGGCUCAACGAGCACAGAAAGAACCCUUACCCGACGAAAGGUGAGAAGAUCAUGCUGGCAAUCAUCACCAAGAUGACCCUAACGCAGGUCUCCACCUGGUUCGCUAAUGCAAGGAGGAGAUUGAAGAAGGAGAACAAGGUGACAUGGGGGAGCAGGAGCAAAGAGGACGGAGAAGAUGGCAAUUUAUUUGGCAGCGGAGACGAAGCAGAGAAAAAUGAGGAUGAGGAGGAGAUUGACUUGGAGAGUAUAGAUAUAGACAAAAUAGACGAUAAUGACGGGGAUCAGAGUAACGAGGAUGACGAUGAUAAAUCCACCGACGGGGGCACUAGAGACCACAGAGGCGAUGGAGACGCAGGUGGAGAGCUGGACAGCUUGGAGAAAAGACGGGCCUUCUCCUUGCAGGGCCACGAGGCCUUGGACAAAUCAAAAAGCUCGAUUUCACUACAUCCGGGCUGUAAAGACAACUCAGAGAAUAACAAUACAACAAGAGUACUAUCUCCGGACAGACCUGGAGGCUUUCCCUUGCCCUCGAACAAUAAACCCAAAAUAUGGUCAUUAGCAGAAACCGCCACAACCCCUGACUCUUCAGCCCAGAAACCCACGUCCCCUUCUGGUCCGGUGGGCCCCUCUCACCCACAUAUACAGGCACACCCCGCCUUCCUCCCCAGCCACGGACUGUACACUUGCCAAAUUGGAAAGUUCCACAACUGGACGAACGGUGCAUUUCUGGGCCAGAACUCCCUGCUCAAUGUGAGAUCCUUUCUGGGGAACCACCAUCACCAUCAUCAGCACCAGAACCACCACCUUGCGGCCCAGCAACAGCAGCAACCGACUUCAGUGGUGGUGUCUCCGGUAGCAGCUCCCCUCAGCCAAGAGAACAAGACCCCAAUGGACAGCCCCAAACACAUAGAACACGAACAUGGUGUACGGUGUGAUUCGCCUCCAACACCAACAUUGAAGCCUUCUUUUCGACCCCUUCAUGACAGAUCGUCAAGGAGUCCACAAGACGCUACGCAACGGGUCCUCACUGCUCUCUCUUCUGCUUGAGAUUUUUUUUUUUUUUUUAAUUGUGUGCUUGCAACGAAUACGACGGUAAAAAGACUUUACCCCCUAAAAAGGACAAGGAUUAAUUAUGAAGCUGCGUAUCAUUCAUUCUUUGCAGUCGGUACGGCCCAAAUAGCCGUUAUUUGGUAAUAUCCUGUGGAUGGAAAAAUGAAGAUGAAUACUUCCUCUGUUGUUGUGCCGCCUGUAAUCGCGCCUAUAAUGUUAAUAUAUCGUUCUCGAUUUUCCAGACCGUCUGGGACACUUUUGGGAGGCUUUUUACUUUAUUAUUAUUAUUAAUAUUAUUAUUAUUAUACCUUGUUAAUAUGGUGUCCUUUCUUUAAUGUAAAUAUCAUGUGAUUUAAAUUUGUAAAUAGAAAACGUUGAAGGAAUUUGUCCAGAUCUUAUAUUUUGCCUAAUAAACUAAAUAUUGGAAUUAUAAGGAAGCAGCAAAUAUUUAUUGUUAUCAUUAUUAAUUAUAGUAUUAUCGUCACA